UCCGGUGCUGAGUACAUACGUCUACCAGCGGAGAUAUAGCUGCUGCAGAUAGUACGCCAGAGCAGCGCGUGGUGGUCCUAACACGUCAUCGGCGCGCCAACUUCGCAGCCCAGCGCGUUGACCCACGCGAUGACGUCUCCAGUUGCCUGUUGGGUGCAGCGUCCGCGCGGCACCCGACGCACAGGCACAGCUGCACAGCGUCUCCCGACCUCCAAGACUCGCGCAGCCUGAUUAACCGUCCCGGUGCGUAUCUGCAACCUUUCACACACGUUCAUACCCCCGCACAUCACUACUCCUAACACACGCAACGCACCAUGACAUUUCUAUCCGGUCGCCGCACAGGCGCACCCCUCGACGCCGCGCUCAACGCAAACCCAUGGCCCAGAACGCGCUCGCGGGAGCCAGCGCGGGAUACUCGGGAGCAGGCAUGGCCGGCGGCAGCAUGAACCCUAUGGACUACGCCGCGGGCGGCGCAAAUCCCGCUAACUAUGCAGGCGGCGCGAAUAUGGCGAACCCGUACGCCGCAGGAGGCAACUACGGAGGUGGAGGGUAUGGAGGUGGAGGUGGAGGACGGCGAAGAGCGUACUCGACGAGCUAUGCAAGCGCGCCUGGAGCCAUUGGUCCAGGAUGGGGAUGGGGAUGGGCGCGGGAAUGCAGGGUGCGGAAUGCAGGGUGCUGGAUGCAGGGCGUUGGGAUGCAAGGCGCAGGGAUGCAGGGCGUAGGGAUGCAGGGCGCGGGAAUGCAGGGUCCUGGAAUGCAGGGUACUGGGAUGCAGGGCGCUGGAAUGGGCGGAGGAAUGCCUACUCCCAUCGUUAUCCAACCUCCGCCUGCAACAGGCUUCGGCGGUGCCUACCAGGGCGCAGGAGGGGCAGCCUACCCCGGCGCCAUGGGAGGCGCGUACGGAGGCGCGUACGGUGGGACGCCCGCUGUCGGUGCGGGUGCGCUUCCAGGAGCUGGGAUGGCGGGCUAUCCCAUGGAUGCGAUGGGCUACGGCGCUGGCGGAGGCGGCGCGUACGGCGGAGGCGCAUAUGGCGGAGGCGGAGGUGCGGGCGGCGCGUACGGCGCGUACCCGGGGUACGCAGGGCAGUACGGCGGCGGCGUCAACCAGACGAGCAUCCCGCCCGGGAGCACGGUGCUCAUUCGCGAGCGGGCGUCGCCGAGGAGGAGACCGAGACAUCGGCGGGCGAGGAGCUACGACUCGUAUUGAGGAGCCCGAGAAGGAUGGGAAGGCGCGAUCGCCGGUUGCUUGCUGGACUGAGCAAGGAGGAGAGGUACUUCUGCUGAAGAGACUUUGGAUUUGAGGACCAUCUAAUGUAUGCGUAUUUGGAAGACCUAUACCCUACGUCAGCACACCUAUAACCAUGAACUCAGCUAUACCAUACCAUGCAUACCACUACACACUGCACGGCUCGUGAAAUUCUUGUGAACAAGUCGCGACGGUGGCACCCGUUCUGCCA